GCACAGACUCUGAAAUGGAGAGGAAUCGUCGGGAGGACUCACCUCUGUCCACCCCCAAAGGUGUAAGCAAGUUGGGAAGCAUAAAUUCCAGCGAUCACAAUGUCCACGUCUAGAGCACAGGACAUGUCCACCGGCAAUCCCAAGACGGCGCCACCAGUUUCGACCCUACACUCAAAAUGCCAGAGUCUAACAAGAAAAUCAUCGCCAUCGUAGGCGCAACCGGAAGACAGGGCGGCAGCGUUGCACGUACUUUCCUCUCAGCUCCUCAGUCCUCGCGCUGGCGGGUACAUUGCCUCACACGCAAUCCUUCGUCCGAAGCUGCCAAAGGCCUUGCUGCCCUCGGCGCCGAGAUCAUCCAAGCCGACCUCUCCUCCAUACCCAGCCUGGUGUCGGCAUUCUCGUCGGCCAAUGCCAUCUUCGUCAACACCAACUUCUGGGAGGUGUAUCGAGGCGCCCUGGCGGCUGGGAAGAACGACGAUGAAGCCUCGCAGCUGGCCUACAAUACCGAGAUCAGCUGGGGCAAAAAUGCGGCGACGGCAGCGUCGCAGAUCCCCGAGCUCGAGAAAUUCGUGUACUCGGCCUUUGGCUCGAUGAAGGUCGCUUCUGGUGGCAAAUACGCCCGCUGCUACCAUUUCGAAGCCAAGGCCGUCGUCGUCGCCCACAUCACCACGCAAUUGCCUGACCUGGCGGCCAAGACAAGCUACAUCUACGCGUCCGCCUAUUCCGACAAUCCUUUGUUGUACCCGCGCAGAGUUCCUUUGGGGACGUCAUGGAUCCUCUGGCUUCUGUCGAAAGUCCCGUUCCUCGUGCGGUUUCUCCCCCGCCCUCCUCCUCCGAGCAACGAGAAGUCCAAAGAGAAGAAAGUGUCUCGCGGUGGCGAGUAUCUCAUGGCCCUUCCAGGGAGGAUGUCGACGAAGCUUCCGGUUUUCAUUCCGGACGUUACGACGGGUGCUUAUGUGCGUUGCCUGGUGGAGGAUGAACCAGCCGGGAUGAAGCUUUUGGCGGUCGACUGGUGGAUUGGGUUAGAAGAGGGCAUGCGGACGUGGGAAAAGGUUACGGGACGUAAGUCACGUUUCAUGGAGGUCAGCGUGCAACUACUCUGCCAAACGACGGGCAUUAGGGAAGAGGUGCUCGAAGGCGCGGCUUUCCUGGCAGAGUUUCCUUACAUGUGUGAGGUGAAGGAUUGGAUUGAGCCGAGCGGGCUGAAGAACCCUCCACCUCAGGCAAUGAGCUAUGAGGAGUAUUUGAGGACCAGAGAUAUGCAUCAGUUACUUGCGUAACAGCGGGCACAAUAAGAAUAAUUAGGAGGAGA